AUGUCGACGUCUCAGCCUGCCGUGCGCUUGAGCUCGCACAAGUCUCUCACCUCCCGCCUCGUUCUCGCAACCCUCCUCGGCCGCACCGUACGCAUCGACCAAAUCCGCCCAAAUUCUCCGACGAACCCUGGCCUGGCGCCUCAUGAAAUCUCCUUCCUAAGGCUUCUCGAAGCCGUCACCAACGGAUCCCAUCUCGAAAUCUCAUAUACCGGCACGGUUCUGCUCUACAAACCCGGCUUGAUCACCGGAUCAGCGCCGGGCAGCGGCGCCUCCAGCUCGGGGGUGCUACGGCAUGAAAUCCCAGCGAACAACACCCGGGGUCUCAGCUACUUUCUUCUACCGCUAUGUCUGCUCGCACCGUUCAGCAAGGCAAAGUUCAACAUUGUGUUCACUGGACCCGGGGUGAUCACCAGCUCGACGGAGAAAUGGGGUGACAUGAGCGUGGACAGUGUACGCACGGCAAUACUUCCACUCUACGCCAAGUUUGGGAUCGAAAGAGACAUUGAACUUCGAAUACUCACGAGGUCGAACCCGGGGCCGCGGGGGGUGGGUGGUGCAGGAGAAGUCCAGCUGGUCUUUGGCCACCAGGUCAGAUUGCCCAAGACACUACAUCUGUUGAAUCCAGGACGGGUGAAGAAGAUUCGAGGUGUGGCAUAUUCGACUGGCGUGAGCGGGAGUAACAAUGCGAGAAUGAUCGAGGCGGCGCGCGGAGUCCUGAACCAGUUCGUCGGAGAUAUCUACAUCUUCUCUGAUAUGAGCAGUGCCAGCCUUGUGCCGGCACCUGAAAAGAGUAACCCUAACGCGAAGAAGAAGGUCGGUCUUGGCUUCGGACUGUCUCUGGUCGCAGAGAGCUCGACGGGCUGUCUCUAUUCGGCAGAUGCUGCCAGUCCUCCCGAGGGCGGCCAGCCGGCGGAGGACAUCGGGCGAAAAUGCGCGUUUCAGCUUCUCGAGAGCGUGGAGAGAGGCGGAUGUGUCAGUCUUGAGGCCGCGCCCACUGUGAUCACACUGAUGGCGAUGGGAUCUGAAGAUGUCGGCCGAGUCCAGUUAGGGCGGGACGUGUUGGCUUCCGAGCAUGUCAUCCAGCUGGCGAGAGAUCUCAAUGCGUUUGGCACUGCGGGUUGGGGUAUCAGAGAUGCUGCUGGGGAAAAGGGCGAAGGCCAGCUCGUGCUCAGCAUUGUUGGGAGAGGAGUGGGCAAUAUUGGCCGGAAGGUUGGAUGA